GCGUGGAUGUACCCCAUUGGUGGAAAUCCUUGUGCUCGUCAUAUCUUGCUGCCACGCGGUCAAUUCUGAAGGAAGAGAGACUGACGAUGGCGCUCUCGACUCGGCUGCUGGCCGCAUGCGGUGCCGUGCUGCUGCUGGUGUCGCUUUCGGUGGAUGCCGCUCUCAACGUUAACAUGAAGCUGGCCUCUUCCCGCGUGGCGCUAACGUCCGAUGCGCUGGAGGUGGCCGUCCUGGUGACACCCAAGCAACCCAAGCUCAAACAGCUCACGCUGGAGACGCUCGUGGACACAACGGGUGCUGCUGUGCUCUCUGGACUGACGCUCAAAGGUGAUGGCAGCAAGUUCGUGACAAAACUGGCGGGCGACCAGAAGCUGCAGGCUGGCAUGUACAAGCUUAAGGUGUCGGCAGUGGACGAGGAGACUAAGCAGAGCGCCUACGAGGUGCUUCAGCUCAAGGUGACGACGCCUGUGGAGGUUGCGAGCGCUACUGCUAACGGUAAGAAGCUCAAGCUGGGCGACAAGCUCACGGGUCAGAACUUCAACGCUGCUGCGGAGGAUACGCUCAAGAUGGAGGUGAAGCUGCAACAGGUACACGACAAGACGCCCGUGGCGGCGCACCAGGCGUUCCUCCGCUUCACGCACGCUACGGAGAAGACGGACACGUACUUUGUACUGACUGCCGACACUAGCCUGACCCACAGCACGACGCUGAAAUUUGCAGCACUAAGCAAGAAGUUCGGCUACAACUCGGGCAAGCACCAUGUGGAGCUCAUUCUGGGCGCCUCUACGUUCGAGAAGGCCAUUGUGUGGGACCUGGGCAACGUGGAGCUGCAGCUUGGCGCGGCCCCGCCUGAGACGCCCUCGCCGCUCUACAAGAAGCACCUGCUGUACGAGAGCGACACGACGCUCCAGGCUCUGCCCGAAAUUAAGCACGUCAUGCGCGAGCAGGACCCGCGGCCGCCUGUGGUCGUGUCUCUGGCCUUCAUGGGCGCCGUUCUGGCCCCGUUGGCCUUGUUCCUGGUGUUUGUGGCGCGUCUUGGACUCAACGUCAAGCGCCUGUUCGAAGGCUCUGUGUUCGUUUUUGGCUGCGUGUUCCUGGCAUCUCUGGGCGGCAUCUUUGCUCUUUUCGGCUUGUACUGGCUGGAGCUGACCAUGUUCCGCACCUUGGGCUAUCUCAGCAUUCUGGGCUCUGUGAACCUCUGGUCCGGCCACUUGACGCUCAAGCGCCUUGCUGAGACUCCUUCCAAGAAGACCACCAAGGUUGAAUAGAGGAGGCGAGCACGUAAACUGAAGAAACCGGUGUCAUUUGCUCAUUAAGCGACAGUAAAGGCAAAGAGAUGUGCGCGGGUGAAAUGAAACGAGUUUGUGUGCCUUGUACUGUGUUUCCUGGUAAAGGGUCCCUCACUUACGGUUUCUUCGUGAGGCUGUUGAUUCCUGCGCUAAUGCAAUUAUUGUAUAUGUCGCUUACUACGGCAGUGCACCGGAACACAUGCCAUCGAACUGGUAGUGCUAGGUGUUCCGUAAUUAUGACACUAAAAGAGUUCUCUAGAAUCUAUAGGAAGCCGACGCAGC